AUGGCCGAGUGCGAGCGGGUUAUCUCGAAGACACUACCUGCAUGCGUUGCCUUCCAUAAGCCGUCCUUCCUGCAGCAGCUGAAGAAUGCUGCCCUCGACCCGUCGAUGGUGCACGCCCUGCUGACCACUGCUUCUCGUCUCAUCCGCCGGUAUGGUAGCCACGGCGGCGGCACGGCUGCUGCGGAGCACUUUGCUCAGAAGGCGAGCAACUUCAUCAUGCAGUCCCUCGAUCACCCGAGCCUUGGUGACAUUCAGGCCCUCUGCCUCCUCGUUAUCCAUGAAUGGGGCUGCCGCAACGCCGUCCGUGCAUACAUCUACCUCGGCCAGGCCGCCCGCAUGGCCCAGAUGUACCGCAUCGUGCAGAUUCACCAACCCUCGGAUCCCGACAACUUCCUAAAGGAGGAAUCAUUCCGCCGCACUCUUUGGCUCAUUUACAUCCUCGACUGUUUCCUCACGAGCAGCCCUGGCCGCCAUCCUGCUCUUUCAUCGCUGGACAUUGUUGAUGUCGCGCUCCCUUGCCAAGACAUGAACUUCAACUUUGGCAGCCCCGUCUUUGUCCGGACACUCAGCGGGGUCGCCCCCGGCGUUGCCCCCGACCCGGAUGCCGCUCUGGCCGAUGUUGGCGAAUUCGCUUAUAUUGUACUGGCGACGAAGGCCUGGCGCAGUGUGGUUGAGAUGAUGACCACGACGUCCAUCGACACCUUCUCCGAGGCUCGCUGCUUGGACCUUGAGGCCGAGAUUGACGCCAUCCGCCAGUCUCUCCCCGUCCACUUUGCCGACAAGCCUGGGCAGAUCAACCUGCACGUCACCAUGGGCAGUGGCUUCACGUACGCCAUGAUUCACUGCCUCUUACAGUGUGCCACGAUCUUUGUCAACCGUCGCCAAAUUCUGCAGAUCGUUACGGCCGAGGACUUCAAUGCAGAUGAGUGGCGCAACAGCGCUCAUACCCAGCUCGUCGACAAGAUCUUUGCAGCCUCCCAUGGCAUCAUCUCUAUGCUGGUGUCGCUCGAGAACGGGGCCGAUAAGGAUUCCAUCCUCUGCUUCCCCAUCGUGAUGCUUUUCUCCGCCUUUACCGCUGGUUCAACCGUUGCAUACUUGUAUCUCAAGGGACUCGCCCCCUCCAACGUGACCGACACGGCAUUGCUCAUUGUGCGCGAUAGUUUGCGUCUGAUGAAUGACGGCGCCGAGUCGUGGCCCCUGGUCAUGCCCUGGAACCGCCAUCUGACUGUUAUGGCUAAGGUCCUACGCGACAUCAACGCGCGCGAAGAUGCGCCUGGAUCGCCUGAGCAAGCCAAGGCCCGCAAUGGCUCGCCUUAUCUCAAGGACGAUGCUUCGUCGCAGCCGGACACAAACCCCGAUGCUAUGGACUACGACCAUGCGGGCGGUAACGCGUCGCUUGAUGCCGAGCGCAACAAUUCGGUUGACCGCGGCAGCGAGCCGCCCGCGCCCAAACGCACCGGUGGCAUUGCCACUAUCAACGGUGGUUCUGCCGGUGCCCCCACCCCGGCCCCCGACAGCCCGCCUCCGGAGCCUGUCAACAAGCAGGAGUCGCCCGAACCGCGCUCCAACUCGAACCCGCCGAGCCUGACGGUCGACAUCACGGCCAAGGAGCUGUGCAGCGCCUUCGAGAGACAGCUCCUGGAGCUGGACGACCUGGCAGCGUUCAUGGGCGGCGGUGUCUAA